UCCGAGUGCUGGGAUUAAAGGCGUGUGCCACCACUGCCCGCCCCAGCCUAAAUCUUAAGGGGAUUCUAAACCCCCUUUCUCUGCUGCGUAUAGAAGCUAGACUACUAGAUAGAUCUCAGACGGGGCAACAGCCUGAAGAGACCUAGUGCUGUGGGGAAGACCCUGUGCUUUGGGAACCUGAGUGGAAAGGGCCGACUCACUCUUCAGGUUGAGUGCGGGCCACACCUGAGUCUGGGAAGGCCAGAGACACCUUUGACCAGUGAUGUCAUUGGGUCUGUCCCAGCGCAGACCCGGCCCGAGGCUGGGGCUGGAUUCCUGGAGGCUGCCAUGUUCUCCCUCCCUUCCCUCUCCUCCUGGCUCCCCAGCCUCCCUUCCUUUGACUGGGGUUCCAGUCUCUUGGACAGCCUCCUGCAAGGCCUGAUCGCGGCCCUUGGAGUCUCGGUUCUCAACAGUCUCCUGAAAGUUUACUUCUUCGUGGCCUGUGUCAAUGACCCCCAGCGGCAGACCCAUAAGCAGCGGCUGCGAGCACAAUGGGCCUCACUGGAGACAGUGCACCUGGCUGGUCUGACCCUGUUCCUGAUGGUGGUAGGGGCCCGAGUAGCCGCCCUGGUGGUACUGGAGUUCUCCCUCCGGGCUGUAUCCACAGUGUUGUCCCUGGGCAAGGGCUCGGGAGAGAAGGAGCAGCUCCAGCUCUUCCUGGUGUGUCAGUUCUCACUGGGCUGUGGGCUGACCUGUGGCCUGAGCUUCCUACAGGAAGGAGCUCCACAUCGCACCCUGAACCUGCUGCUGAGCCUGGGGCUGGCCGCGCUGUUUGGCUUGGGUGCCCGGCGCUUCCGCCGACAUGUCUGCAGCCUCUACGAGUUGCACAGCGGUCAGCGUUAUUGUGGGGUCUGCCUGGGCCUGCUGGCUGGCCAGCAUGGCCUGCCCAGGCUCCUGGGCCGCACUCUGGCAGUGGCCUUUGCUGUGAGUGACCUGGCAGCAGUGGCCCUCAUCAACCAGGACUUCCUGAAAACAUCAGAGGCCAUGCGCUUCUGGACGCCACUCACCAUCUGCUACACGCUGCUGGUCAUCUACAUGCAGGAGGAGCAGCGGCAGCAACGCUUCAGCCUGCAGGGCCAGGUCCAGACGGUGCUGGUGCGCAUGGGUGGCCUCUUCAUUUUGUUGAUGACUGUGGGCCGGUGGCUGGACCUCCUUGGUGUCCUUGUCUCGCUUUUGGGUGAGCUCUGGUGCCUUGCAGGUGUUCGCACCCUAAUCGACCUCUGCCAGAUACAGGGCUUUCCAUCCCAGAGGCCUACAGUAACAGCAGCAGUAACACCAGGAAGGGUAUCAACAGUGUCAGAUCCAUGCGAGCCCCGGCCUUCCACACCUGCCCUGUCCACAAGCGAGGCCCUCUCCUGACCUGCCCUAUGGAGGACUCAAAGUCAGUCUCAGGCCUACACAGGCCUUGACCACAAGAUGUGGCCUGGAGACUGGGUGGUAGAGCUGGUUCCCACCUAGACCAGCUCUGGGCAGGCCAUUGAGGCCCUGGAGAAAGGGGACAGCUAGAGCCAGGGACCUGGGAAGGUGGGGACGUGAAGGCCCCUGAGUAAAUCCCUCUGUCUUGAAGAUGGGCCAUGGAUACAGCUUCAUCAGACCCGCCUUUCCUGGCCAGGCUGGAGGACAGACAAGGACUAUGACCUCAGAAUGGCCCCCUGCCCCUUGCCACCCCUCCCCCCUUGCUUUCCACAAACAAUA